GAGAAACCCAGGAGCAGCCACUUGGGUUCAUCUCCACCAUAACCUCUCCUACAGCGGCUCCCAUUUCAGACAGAUCCUCAACGGAGUGAUGAUCCUGGGGGGGAAAAAAAAAAACAAACAAACAAAAAAAACACCAAAACAAACAAACGGUUCCUUGGAGGGGAAUCCAAGCGGAUCGUUCCCAGCUGUGGAGCUGGACAGCGGCCUCCCGGCCCGCCCCGCCCCGCCGCGCCCCGCCCGCCGCCCCUCUGCGCCCACGUUGGGGGCGUCCGGGCGCUGCAGCCGCGCUGCGGGUGUGCGAGGGCGUUUUCUGCAAUUUAUUUAAUUUUUUUUUCCUUUCCCUUAAUGCUUUAAUUUGUUUAUUUAUUUAUUCGUUAAGCGGCCGUUCCCCGUUGCCCGGCGGCGGGGUGGCGGAGCGGAGGGGUCGGAGGGGAGCGGCGGCCGCCCCAGGUGGCCCCGUGUGCUCCUUGGCCGCAACAUGGCGGGCAGGGAGCCCUUCGCGGCCCUGGUGUCCGCGCUGCGCGGCUGCUACGCCGAGGCCACCCCGCUGGAGACCUUCAUCCAGCGGCUGGGGGAGAGCGGCGCCGGGGACGCCAGGGUGCUGCGGGACGACGACACCCCCCUCUACCGGACUUUCGUGGGGGAAUGCCUGGUGUGCGUCCCCCGCGGCGCCCGCCCUAUCCCCCGGCCCUUCACCUUCCAGCAGUUAUCUAGUCAGAAUGAAGUCAUCACAAGAGUUGUGCAGAGACUAUGUGAAAAAGGAAAGAAGAAUGUCCUUGCAUAUGGAUACUCCUUAGUGGAUGAAAAUACUUCUCCUUUCCAAAUCAUACCAUUAUCAAAUUUAUACAGCUACUUGUCCAAUACUGCCACAGAAACUCUUCGUAUCAGCGGCCUCUGGGAAACACUGUUGAGCAGGAUAGGGGAUGAUGUGAUGAUGUAUUUAUUAGAACACUGUGCAAUCUUUAUGCUGGUUCCCCCUAGUAAUUGUUACCAAAUUUGUGGGCAACCAGUUUAUGAACUUAUCUCUCAAAAUGUAGACUCAUUCCCAGUAUUUGUUAAACAGAGAGUCUCAAAGCAUAAGUGUAAUAGCUUGCUUGACUAUGUGCAGAAAAGACUUAGUUUUCAUAGAAAGUAUCUUUCAAAGUCACAUGGGUGGCAAUGCAGACAAAGACUUGAAGAUAAUGUCUCCAGCAUGGGAAAUAAAAAAAAUAGCAACGUACGAAGCUUAGUGUCCAGUUACCAGUAUUCUGCAAAAGAUGUUUCUAAAGCAAGCAAAGAGAUCAGAGUGGUCACUGAACAUCUGGAAAAAACAAAUAGCUACAGUUUAUGUUUGUCAUCUACAGCACCAUCUCUAAAAAGGAAGCUUCACAGGGAACACCUUGAAAUUCCAGCUAAGAGAGCAAAAGUAGAGGAGAAAGUGAGAGAUGAAAAGGCUUGUAAGCUUACUCCUCAUGUAAACCAAAGUAGUUCCAAGAGAUAUGAAACUGGGUAUGUAGCAUCACAUCCUGAAAGCCUCAUUAAAAAUAACCACAUUUCUCAAAGAAGUAACAGUGCUAUGUCAGGUCCUUCUUUAGUUCACACAUCUCAUGACAGGAAGAAGUUUGUGGCAGGUGAAAGCUUUCUUCUGCAAGGAGUUCAGAGUAACAAACCUUUGAAGUCCAGCAUUGAAAUGCAAGCAGAAUCCCAUAGGAAAGGAGUAGAGAUGCGUAUGUGUGAAUCUCAGGUGAAUUCUGUACAAAUGAAGCCCGUGGAGGGUAAUUCUUCAAAAUGCAGAAGGCGGGAAAGUCCCCUGCAUAAUUUGGCAAAGAAGUUACCAAAUAGACUCCUGCGUUCUGCUGUAUACAUUGACAGGAAGUCUCUUCUGUAUUCUCACAGGAGUUUCCGAGAAUGUUUUCCUAAAUCAUUUUCUCUGAAUCGUUUGCAGGGCUGUCAGGCAGGUGGAAGAAGGCUUAUAGAAAUUAUAUUCUUAAGCAAAAAUCUAUUGGAGCAAAGGCGUAACCAAAGUCUGCCACAUCACAGCUGGAGAAAGAAGAGGUUGCCCAAACGCUACUGGCAAAUGAGACAUAUAUUUCAGAAACUGUUAAAGAACCAUGGAAAGUGUCCUUACUUAGCUCUCUUGAAAAAAAAUUGCCCUGUUCGGAUAUCUGAAAGUGGGAGAAAAGCCAAUCUGCCUCGUCAGGCAGAGGUUCAUGAGCAAGCAGAACAGUUUGGGAAGGAGCCUACUAAAUGUGUGACAAGCAGCAGAUGUGAAUCUGGUCACAGUGUUGUAUCAGGCAACUUACGUGCCCCUCUUGCAAAAUCAGUGUGUGGAGAGUUGCAGAGUGAGGAGCAAAACCCAGGAGAGGUGUGUGAUUCAGCCCUGAGGGAGCUCCUCAAGCAGCACAGCAGCCACUGGCAGGUGUACAUGUUUGUGAGGGAAUGCAUGGAGCAGGUUAUCCCUGCUGAGCUUUGGGGUUCAAACCAUAACAAGUGCCGGUUCCUAAAAAAUGUGAAAGCAUUCAUUUCCAGGGGGAAGUUUGCUAAGCUUUCGUUGCAGGAGUUGAUGUGGAAGAUGAGAGUGAAUGACUGCAUGUGGCUUCGUCUAGGCAAAGGUGAUCACUUUGUUCCUGCCGACGAACAUUGUUUCCGUGAAGAACUUUUGGCCAAAUUCCUGUACUGGCUGAUGGAUACGUAUGUUGUUGAGUUGCUCAGAUCAUUUUUCUAUAUCACCGAGACCAUGUUCCAGAAAAACAUGCUUUUCUACUACCGAAAGUUUAUUUGGGGCAAGUUGCAGAACAUUGGAAUUAGAAACCAUUUUGCCAGAGUGCAUCUACGGCCUUUAUCUUCAAAGGAGAUUGAAGAUGUCCGUCAAAAAAAAUUUGUUGUUAUGGCAUCAAAGCUCCGGUUUAUUCCAAAACUAAAUGGGUUAAGACCCAUAGUAAAAGUGAGAGGUGUUGUUGAAGCACAAGCAUUCAGCAGGGAAAGCAGAGAAAAGAAGAUGCAUCAUUACAACAGUCAACUAAAAAAUCUAUUUAGUGUGUUAAACUAUGAACGGACUAUAAACACCAGUUUUAUAGGCUCUUCUGUGUUUGGGAAAGAUGAUAUCUACAAGACAUGGAAGCAGUUUGUUAUGAAGGUUCUUGAAUCUGGUGGUGAAAUUCCUCAUUUCUACUGUGUAAAGGCUGAUGUGUCCAGGGCUUAUGAUACCAUUCCUCAUGAUAAACUUGUGGAAGUGAUUUCGCGGAUCUUAAAGCCUGAGAAAAGAACUGUCUACUGCAUACGGCGCUAUGCUGUGAUUAUGAUUACCACAAGUGGAAAAGCCAGGAGGUUCUAUAGGAGACAUGUUUCUACUUUCAAGGAUUUUUUGCCAGACAUGAAGCAUUUUGUGUGCCACCUUCAGAAGAGUACCUCAUUGCAAAAUGCAAUAGUAGUUGAGCAGAGCUUAACUUUUAAUGAGUCAAGUACCAGCCUGUUUCAUUUUUUUCUUCAAAUGAUGCGUAACAACGUCCUGGAGAUUGGGAACAGGUACUACUUCCAGUGCUGUGGAAUUCCACAGGGCUCCAUUUUGUCAACCUUACUUUGCAGCUUAUGCUAUGGAGACAUGGAAAACAAAUUGCUCUCUGGAGUGCAGCAGGAUGGAGUCCUAAUACGUCUCAUUGAUGACUUUUUGCUGGUUACACCCCAUUUAUUGCAGGCAAGAACUUUUCUAAGGUAGGAAUGUACAGUCAGUCCAAGGAGAGUUCUGCUGAUGCCAAAGCCAAUGUAAUGGAUCCAAAGGACAGGUCUUGAAGCUUAGGAUCUGCAAAGCAGUCAGUUGCAUCAUGCUUUUCAAUAGCGAGAAAGAUGCAGCUCUCUUGUGAACCUGAAAUGUGAUGGAGGAAUCAGUUAAGUACAGAUUGAAGUAUAAAUUAUAUGAAAUAGUGGACAAUGUACUUUUAAGACUUCAUUUAUCCUCAUCUCCUUAUCAGAACAGAAAGGAAUUUCUAGGGAUCUGUGGGUUUGCAGUUCUGGAAAUGAUAAACUGAACUAAGAGGCAGGGGGUGCUUCAAACUAAUAAUCUUUAUAGUAUGUUUUCAGCACAAUGUCAUUUGCAGUAGCAUUGCAGAUGUUGUCCUACUUCCCCUUUGAAGUUACCUGCAUCUUUGUUCUAUAUCAACUUCUGCACCGUGUUAUUUUCUGUAGAGAAGCAGCCUCUUCUGUGAGUUUUCCAGAACUGCUUACAGAUCCUAUGAACUCUAUGCCACAAAUGGAGUAGUAACAGUUUUGUCUAGUGUAGUAUUGCAACAUGGGGACUCAAUAAAUUAAUUAUGAGGAGACAGCAUUACAACUAUGGCACCCCAAGAAGAAGAGCCUACCUCUUCCUCUCACUCUUUAAAAGGACGAAGCCUGUACAUAAGUACAUUGCCAAGUAAGACAAAUUACUGCUUGUCCAUGACACCACUAAUCCAGUAGGAGUAGAUAAUCAGCAGGCAUUCUGCCAAUGAAAACAUCCUUAGGGGAAACUUUCUCCACUAAGUUCAAAACCUGUCAUCAAAUAAAUGAGGUUACUGUUAUAUGGGUUCUCUUUUGUUUUGUUAACUUUCAAAAGCAAUAACUCUUAUCUGUCUUUUUCCAGUGAUUAUGAUCUCAGUGGUUUCUGUGAGUGUGGUUUAUGCAGCUUGUCUCAAAUGUUUCAUGGCUGAAGUGCUUAAUUUGCAUUAAUCUGUGAAAUUUCUUCUCUAUUAUCCUAAAGUUUAUUUCAUAUAUGUAUUUACCUCUAAUAUCUUCGCUUUUGUUUAUUUCUAGCUGUGUUCCUUAACCUAGAGUUAACCUAGAGUAAAGGUUCCCUUUAUUCUUUGAUUUCUGACCUUUUCUGCUAGAUCUUGUUUGCUUUUGUGGGGAGAGUUAGGCUAACUGUUUAUGUCUG